UCCAGUAGGAGGCGUUAAUGCACCAUUUAAGUUGUCCAACCGCCAUGAAAUACUAGAAGAAGAAGCGUGACGCUGCGGAGUCAUUUGUGCUUCUCUAAACAGCAGCGAGCAGAGUAGGAAAAUAAAUCCUCACACGAAUUGAUAACAAUGGAAGUAAAAGAGGAACCUCAGGAACUGAAUGAAGUGGAGGAGAUACAAGAAGAAUCUCACUCCAAUCAUCAUGGAAAGAGUUCACAAAAAGGACAACAUAGUGAUGACAUGAGCAUUAACAGUAAAGAGAAAAGUCACACAUGUCAGGAGUCUGGAGAAGGUUUUAAAUAUGCUAAAAACUUGAAGAAACAUUUGGGAACUCAUACUGGAGAGACGCUGUACAAAUGCCCUCAUUGCAAAAAGGGUUUUACACAUGCAAAUAACUUUUAUAUACAUUUAAGAACUCACCCUGAAGAAGCGCUGUACAAAUGCCCUCAUUGCGAAAAGGGUUUUACACGUGCAGAUCACUUUUAUAUACAUUUGAGAACUCACCCUCAAGAGAUGCUGUACAAAUGUGAUCAGUGUGAAAAAAGUUUUACACAGCCAAAUAGCUAUAAGAGACAUUUGGUAACUCACACUGAAGAGAAACCGUACAGCUGUCUUCAGUGUGGGAAGAGUUUUACACGGAAACAGAACUUUACCAUUCAUGAACUAAUUCACAAAGGAGUGAAACCUUACAUCUGUCCUCAAUGUGGAAGGAGUUUUACACAGAAAUUAAGUCUUAAGAAUCACAUAACAUUACACACUGGAGUGAAGCCUUACACCUGUCCUCAGUGUGGAAAUGGUUUUGUACAAAAAUUAAGUCUGGAAAAUCACUUGAGAGUUCAUACAGGAGAGAAACAUUUCGUGUGUACUUUGUGUGAAAGGAGUUUCAAAACUGCAUCAUAUCUCAAAGUCCACAAGCAGAGUCAUUGUAAAGAAAAAUCAUUUAACUGUGAUGUGUGUGGGAAAAGAUUUGGCUUACCAAAUCUCCUAAAACGACACCAGAAACUUCAUGCCAGUGAAAAGCCCUACAUAUGUUCUGUCUGUGGAAAGAGUUUUGCACUGUUGGAUUAUUUGAGAAAACACCAGAAAAUACAUACUGAUGAAAAAUACGUGUGCUCUGAGUGUGGGAAAACUUUUUUGACAACCAGAGCCUUGACAAAGCACCAAGGAGUCCAUACUAGAGAAAAACCAUGAACAUGUUCACAGGGUGAAAAGGGAUUCACAGAUAUAGCUUAACAUUUGUACAUGUAUUUAAAUUAAAGGGCGUUUUGCAGGUAAAAUUUUUCAACGAAUUUGUGCAAUUUGCUUGUUGAUAAUAAACAUUUAAACUGUUAUCCAUUGUAUUUUAUGUUGUUGGGUAUCACAAAACCCGAAAAAGUAUGAAAAAGUACAGCAAUUUGCAAUGAUUCUCCUUUCCCUCACAACGCACUGUAUGACGUCACGCUGGGGAGAGAAUUGACCAAAGCCGCCUUGAGAGCAUUGAGAAU